AUGGCUGCCCGGGAGCCAUCUAGGUAUAUGGCAAGGGCCCUGCCCAGGGCAUUGGGCUCAACGGCCCGCCCACAGGGCAUUGCCUGCCGGCGCUUUGCCUCCGAUGAGGCUCCGGCUAGACGACUAUCGAGCCAGAUGGACGAGCUCGAAACCGCGUCAUCUUUGGAAGGGACGGUGUCGGAGGAUGUUGCAAAAUCAUUUGAUCCAGUUGCACAAGCAAACUCUCGGAAGACCCAACUUCCACGGAGUCGAUACCAAUUCCGAUCCCCGAAAUACUAUCGUGGUCCUCUUCACCCUCACCAACCACCGCCGCCAUCAGACCCGUCCUCCCGAGUGUUCGUUCCCGGCCCCUUCUCUUCCCCCCGGGCCCAGCAAACGUACACCUCGACCAUUGCACAAGACAUUCUUGCUCUGUGCUAUGUGCACAACCCACCGGGCUUCAAGCCACCUCCCAAAGCACCUCGUCUUCGUGAAUGGGACGACAGCCCCCCUACCAUAAGAACCGGCCCCUCCGUGGACCGCGUGGUGGAGCGCAUCACGAUCCACAGCCAUGUGAAGGGGGCCAUCAAGGAGAACUCGUCGUGGCUGCAUGUGGCGGGAAUGGCCAUUCAGACCAUCUCCAAUGUGAAAGUCACGACCUACAAGUCCAAGACCAGCGUGCCCUCUUGGGGUGUUGUGCCGGGCCGGGACACUUGUGCUGUCAAGGCAGAGCUGCAGGGUGAAAACAUGUAUCACUUCUUGGGCAAACUCAUCGACGUGGUCCUGCCUCGCAUCAAGGACUGGCCUGGUAUCAAGGGCAGCAGCGGUGACAGCAGUGGGAACAUCACCUUCGGUCUGGCACCGGAGAGCGUUGCCAUGUUCCCCGAGAUUGAGGUCAACUACGACAUGUAUCCGCCCAAGAUGAUCCCCGGUUGCCACAUUACCCUCCAUACUACCGCCAAGGCAGACAAGGAUGCACAGCUCCUUUUGAGUGCCCUGGGACUGCCCUUCUAUGGAAAGAUGAUCAACUAA